AUGUUUAAUAUUAGCUGUCCCUACUAAAAUCAUGAAUCAAAUGUUGAAUUCUUUUGUAUCAAUCCUUUUUGCAGGGAUCCAAGGUUAUUUUGCUUUGAAUAAUGCUUUUAAGUCACUUCAUGGCAUUAGCAUGAUCGAAGACACAUAAAUAAAAUUGAGUUAUUGCCAAACUAUUUAAUGGAUAUUUCUAACUAGUGUAAUUUAUUAUAGUAAGAGAUGAAAUAGUUAAUUUAAGUAAUUACUGAGCUUUUUGAUUAACUUGAAAAGUUGAUAUUAAAACGAUUCUAAUGGAGUGUAAAAAAAUUAAAAGAUUUAGGAGGAAAACAAAUAGAAGUUGCAUUAAGUAAUAUGAUAAACUUUGAUGAAUUUUAACGCAGGCUAAUUUAAUAACUGAACACUUCUUCUGAUUACAUGAUCCAAACUUUAAAAUCUUUUAUUUAAGAGUUUGAAGUAGAUGAAAUAUCAUUAUUUUAUUAUCUAGCAGAUUAAAGUAUAGAAAUAUGA